AUGAGCGUCACGCUGGCAGCUCGGGGUUUGAAGAAGUCCUACCGCGAUGGCGCUCGCCAGGUGCAGGUGCUGCGCGGCGUCGACCUCGACGCGGCAGCCGGCGAAUCGUUGGCCAUUGUCGGUCCCUCGGGCUCGGGCAAGUCCACCCUGCUGCACUUACUCGGCGGGCUCGACGAGCCCGAUACCGGCAGCGUGGUGAUCGGCGGUACGGAUCUGGGCCGGCUCGACGGUGGGGCCCUGGCCCGGCUGCGCAACCGCACGCUAGGAUUCGUCUUCCAGUUCCACCAAUUGCUGCCCGACUUCGACGCGGUCGAAAACGUCAUGAUGCCCGGCCGCAUUGCCGGUCUAGAAGCCGACGAGGUCCACCGCCGAGCCUGCCGGUUGCUCGAAGAAGUCGGCCUCGGCGAACGGCUCGAUCAUUUUCCUAACCAGCUCUCGGGCGGCGAGCGCCAGCGGGUGGCGAUCUGCCGCGCCCUGCUACUCGAACCGCCGCUGCUGCUCGCCGACGAGCCCACCGGCAACCUCGACCCCGAAAGCGCCGAGCAGGUAUUUUCGCUACUGCUCGACCUCCAAGCCCGCCACCAGACCACGGCCGUGCUGGUGACCCACAACCCCAAGUUGGCAGCCCGCUGCGACCGGACCCUGCGACUCGACCAAGGCCGGCUGCAAGACGCUGGGUGA